GCGUGAAACGUAUUUGCAAAAAAAGAAAAAAGCUAAUCCUACUGGUGAAGGUAGUUUAGAAUGGAUUUGGUUCUCACAAAUGGAAGAAAUUUUGCCACAGAGUAAAGCCAUCAACCCGGAUUAUGUUACAGAUUCAACUUCAGAUUCUCCUCCUAUUUCUGAUGGCGAAAAUUCAGAUAAUAAAGAAAAUUAUAAGGCUGAUGAAACACGAAAAAAGAAAGGAAAAUCAACAGGAAUUGAAGACUUAGAGGAGCGUGAAAGCCAAAAGAAAUUUGAAUUGGAGGAAAAGGAAUUAAUUCAGCAAUAUGAGCUGGAAAAGAGUAAGUUGGAGAUAGAAAGAUUGCGUGCUGAAAAUGAGAUGUUAAAAUUUCGCAAAAAUAAUGAAUGA